UGGAUUUUUUCAGAAAUGCCCCCAGAUGACUGUGUGCCAAGCUUACGUUGAGGGACAGCGGGCGCACUUUAAGGGUCGUGGGAACACAGACGCCAUAUCCGCUCAGGCACCAUGAGGAGGGACAGGGAACUAAAUAUAGAGAAGGCCAAUACACGUCCAGUAUUAGGGGAAAAACAAGCAAAAUGCCUCUGGGCAUUGGACAAGUACUGCAUGGUCAGGUCAGAGGAGUCAGACCACCACUUGAUAAUAGUGUCAGAGUCAGGCGUCAGAAAAAUGGGAAGAAAGAAAAUACAAAUUUCUCGUAUUUUGGACCAGAGGAAUAGACAGGUGACCUUCACCAAGCGUAAAUUUGGUUUGAUGAAGAAGGCAUAUGAGCUGAGCGUGCUGUGUGACUGUGAGAUUGCCCUCAUCAUCUUCAACAGCACCAACCGUCUGUUCCAGUAUGCCAGCACAGACAUGGACAAAGUGCUGCUGAAAUACACAGAGUACAGCGAGCCGCAUGAGAGUCGCACCAACACAGACAUAUUGGAGACUCUGCGUAGGAAAGGCCUUGGUCUUGACAGCUCAGAGUUUGAGAGUGAGGCGAGCGUGCAGGUGGCCGCAGACAAAUGUCCUCUCGGCGAGGGCAUGGAUCUUUCCGUGGCUCGCCAACGUUUCUAUGCUCCAUCACUACUCUCUCCAGAAUCCCAGUUCCUGGUGUCUGCAGGCUCUGAAAACAGCUUCCUCAGCGCAUCGGGGUCCAGUAUGGCCUCCCACAGACCGCCAGGCUUUAAACCUCUUAGCUCCAGACCCAGCUCUGCCAGUCCUGCUGCACCACAUGCACACACUGCAUUCAUGACGCCACAUUCAGGUAUUGGCUACUCCGUCUUCUCCCAUGGCAACCUGAAUCGAGCUCUGGACAUGAAAAGCCCCCCUCCUCUGAACCUGGGCAACGAGAACCUGCGGGGAGAUGCUGCUAAUCAGGCCAUGGGCACCACACGUGCUAACCACAACUCUGGUAGGGGUUUCUUGUACCAGGGACUGCACAGCAACAGCUCCAUGGUAGCCAUGGGUAAGGCAGGCCUGCUAGGUCACAGUCUGGGAGGGUACAGCCUUUCCUCCCCUGGAGCUACUGAGUACAGUCAACCUGGUUUUUAUCACUCUGUAAGUCUACAGCGAGGCGCAGCAAACCCCUGGCAACCAGCACAAACACCUCAGGAACCCCAUGGGCCUCAUAUAACCCCAGGGAUGACCAAUGGAGGGUGCUCCUUCCCCUCCCAGUCUUGCUCCUCGACCUCUCCAUAUCUGCUCUCCCUCAACCUCAGCAUCAAAUCAGAGCGUAGCUCUCCUGAGCACAUAUCUUCACCCACCUCCCCUCCUCCACACCACUCUCCAAUGAGUAACCCUGACUCGGCUCACCAAACCCCUUCAGAACCCCACACAGCCAAUGAAACGAAGGCAUUUCCCAAAGGCAGCUACACACAGGAAAAUGAAGAAGGAGAAGGCCAAAUGCUGAGGCAGUUAGAGAUGAGUGGCAGCUGGCAGAGAUAGCUGCUUGCUGUGGUCUACUGCCAUUUCCCAAUCAAUCAGCUAUCUUCCAUCUAAACCAUUGCUCACACACAUACAUACAUACAUACACACACUGAUAUAUCCCAGAAGAGAGCAAGAAGGGGUCAGUUUGUCCCCAUCAUUCCAGAGAGGAAAGCCUCUCUUUGUCUCCUCACAUAGAGCUGGUCUCUCCUGGGUGAUGGAGAAUUACUCUCUGUAUCACACGAUUGAGAUGAAAGAUGAGAUGCGUUCAGACAUUUUGCUUUUUGUUUGGUAAGGUUUAGUCUCCUGCGUGAAGCUGAUGUGAAUCGGAAAUACAAUUUGAAACAUUUUGUUUUUUUUCUUUAACUUUGUUCAAACCAGCUACAGCAGCACAGUGGGACCAACUGAACUUCUACAGAAGUGCAAAACAUGGGUACACACAUAUUUGACUUACAAAGUGGUAGAUCAGUGUUUGAGGUUUGGUGUGAAAAUUGGAAAAUAGCUGUAAAAUUACCCUCCACUGUUGUUUUGUUAUAAACGCUACAGAGAAAAGCACGACUCAUGACACCAUCCAGAAUAAACCACAGUAAACCUUUACACUGUGCGCGCCCGUUGUUAUAUCAGCUUGAUGUUUUAGCUUUUAGUCCAGAAUCAGUGACACACUCUCCCCACAUUAAACCAGAGAGAUGUUACAUGACACUGGAGCUUUGGCUGAUUGCGAACUAGUUAAAUGUGCCUGUACACUGGGAAGGAUAGAAACAAUAGUUUGUCUUUAAAGUAAUAUUUACAGUGCUUUAUAAUGCAAUUCUGUUGUAACAAAUAGAGGAAAAGUCAAAUAUGUCAAAUAUGAGGCUUAAGUCUGAAUUAGUCAAACUAAGUGGGUACCUUUCAUCUUUAAAUACAGAAUCUUUGUGUUUGGUCAGACAACACAAAAAGGGGAUUUUGUUCUAAAAAUACAUUAACUUUGCAAGAUACCCACUUGAUUUGUUUAUGUCAGAUCCCUUCAGCCUUAUCUCAUUUUCAGACGAACUUUAGGAUGUGGCUGUUACACAGAAGGACAGUUGAAUACCUACAUUAGAAUCAUGUUAAGAGAGGAUCUCUUCAGGGCCAAUGUGCACACAGCCGUGUAAGUGCCUUUUAAAGAAAAAUGUUGAUGAUGUUUUCCUUAGAGGGUUUCCAGAGACAGUUUGUUUUUAUGUUUGCUUGCAAAACUAUAAAUGUGGAUACGCUAAACUUUCAUUCUGUUAUUCCUCCAAACAAUGUUAGUUUGGUCAUUUUUUACAAAAUCUGCAGCCAUAUACUUCAAACUAGAGACCAAAAGUGUUUAGUAUUUGUCUCUAUGCAUUGCAGUAAAAUGCUGCAACAGCCAAAGAUGUUUGUCUAUAGCAACAGGAAUUUGAUCUAAGUAAUAUAAAUAUGGCAUCAGUGACUUUUUUCUAAGGGGCUUCAUUUAGUGGAUUUGGGAGAUAUUAUUGCUAUAAUUGUCUUUUAUAUGCAAGAAUAUAUGAGACACCGUGUAUGGAUGACUCUAAGAUAUUUCUUUAAAGAUUUCACAAAUUACACAAAUUAAAUUUUUUUUAUUGAGGAACAUUUGUUUUUCAUUAUAUCUGUAAAUUUACUAUACACUGUGUUUGUGGGCACUGGGCAUCUGUGUGGUGUAGUUUUGCAUAUUCCACUUAUGUUCUGCAAAUGACAAAAUACUCCGACUUCAGGUUUGAAUCAAUUCCCACUUGCUGUCCACAGGGGGUCAUCUUCUUUUGCAACAUUUAGAUUUGAAUGAGAUGUUGCAGAGCAGUGAAGAAUCAGACCAGCCUUAACAAUUGGUGAUGAAUGAAUCUUUAUGACAAGAAACAGGUUCAGUGGUUCGUCCUGAAGAUGUUCAGUGAACUGGACGGUGGAGGGCAUCCGUUUCGAGUGCUGCUGUGGAAUUUGCUCUUUUUUUUUUGUUUUCAUUUUUAUAUGGAGUGGAUAAAACUUAGCAUGUAAACCAAGUUAUCAGUAUUCUGAUGUUUUGGACUGAGAUUUGAUAUGUUUGUGGAAUGCUUCACUAACAGA